AUGCAAAAGAUGGCUUUCUCGAAACAACUAUCAGAUAGUCUGGAAUGUCCCAUCUGCCAUGAUCUACUUUGCAAUCCUAAACUUCUGCCAUGUUCACAUUCUUUUUGCACAAGUUGUUUGACCGAACUUCACUCUUUUCAGCAAGCUGAUUCCGGGUUAACUUGUCCAGUGUGUCGCCAAGAUGCAAAUGUUCCUGGAAAUGAUGUGUGUAACUUUCCGACAAAUCUAAUUGUUAAGUCCCUCGUCGAAGAUUUCAAAAGAAGAUCAGAUGCCAGGGCCGAGCGUACAAAAGGGGAUGGAGGAAUCGCCGUUCAAAUUUGUACGGUUUGUGAUGGUGAUGAUCAAGACAUUGCAACCUACUACUGCCAGAACUGUACGGAGUUCCUUUGUGAAGAUUGCUUUCAACACCACAAUAGAUACAAGAGGAAUGCAUACCAUGAGACGGUGAAAGUAAGUGAUAUUGAGGCGGGAGUUGUCAAAAAGAAAUUCACAUGCCCUGAACACCCACAGGAGCUGCAGCAGUUCGUGUGUACUACGUGUCUGGUUCGGAUCUGCUGCAGAUGUCGGGAGGUCGAACACAAGGAAGAUGGACAUGAAGUCAUCGAGAUGACUGGGUAUGAAAAAAGUCAGCAAGAGAAGAUAGAAUGUCUUUUACUGAAAAUAGAGCAAACAUUUGUUGACAUUCCAAAUGAAUUGUCAUCUGUGAAUGAGAAGCUUCGCACAGUGAAAAAUGUUAUGUCUCAACGACGACAAGAAAUUAUAAAUGCUUACGACAGCGCAGAAGAAAUGUUGCAAAGGAAGAGAAAUGCAUUAUUCGAAGAAUGUAGUACGCAUGAAAAGAAAUUCUGUCAGAAGUUGGAAGAUAUCAUUAGGUGCUAUUAUGACUUCAUAGAGACUCUUUCUGAAAAUGUCACGCUUGUAAACGAGGGGGCAAGAAGUCUACACCUACCAGACCAAUCACUGGCUGAGCAUACAACACGAGUCAAUGAGCUUGAGAGAAGUCUCAGAGCUGAAGCCCUCUCACCACUUAUUGCUCAGGCAUCAAACGUAGUACUCCGAGCAGAGUCGAUUUUUUUUAGUUCGGCUUAUCACAACAUUGACCUUGGUACUGUACAGGUCAAGGAUCAUCAGCUUGAUAAGGAUUUGGAGGAUUCUGUUUGUGAAGCAACCUGCAUGGCUCCAACAAUAGAGGAUACUCCCGAAAAGAAAGACAUGAAAGAUCUUCAUUCAACCCAUUCUUCUGUAUCUAAUUUCAUGGAGCCCGAAUCAAAGUCCCUUCCAGACAGUGAUGAUGACACUAGUGACUUUGAUUAUUAUCUUCGUGAUCUUCAUGAUGUAACCCGCAUAACUGAACAGUUGGAACGAGACAAAUUGUCCGUUGGCACGUCUGACCUUUCUGAUACCAGUAUAUCUGACACAUCAGAUGUGUCCGCGCGUCCGGAAAGUAAUAGAAGUUCAACGCGUUCCUUUUUUGCAAAUCUGAAGGCUCGAUUACGGUCCAGCACUGGAGACCAAUCUUGAGUUCCUAAUUUUCAAUAAUUAAUAGGUGUCAGUAUCAUAUUGUUGGUGUUAACGAGACAUCAUGUAGACUGCUGCCACUGGCCAGUGGCGGGAUCAAGAUAGACCAAUGUCACGAUUGUUGAUAAUCUAUUAUUUGCAUGU